UCACCCUCCUGCAGUCAGCAGCAAGUCGCUAUGGAGGCUACAGCUCUCUGCUUCAGGCUCUUGAUGCUUGAAUUCCUGCUGGAGAUGCACAUUCAGUCAGGUUAUACUCGCAGAACUGGUGCAGCUUUGCUUCGAGUCGAUCCAAACAGGCUUCAGCACUUUGACUACGAGUCUUUGUCUUUUCACUGCGAUGGAUUCGAUGGUUCCAUUAAUCUGAGAGGAAAACGGAACACUGAGGAGUUUCGUCCAGUAUGUGAAGUCAUAGAGACGUCUUCAUCCUCCUGCAGGAUUUCUCAAAUUUAUCCAACAGACAUGGGAGAGUACUGGUGUGAGUCUGAAGCUGGAAAGAGAAGCAACAGAGUCGACAUCACCAUCACUGCUGGUCCUGUGAUCCUGGACAGUCCUGCGUUUCCUUUGUUGGAGGGAGACAACGUGACUCUGAGCUGCAUGAGCAGAAAGACUUCCACCAAGCAAGCGAAGGAGUCUGCCAAGCUCUGA